AUGACCGCCGCCCGGAGAUGGAUCGUCCUUUUCAUCCUGACGAUCGGGUGGUCAUCUUACGCUAAAGGAGCCUCCUACCGGACAACACCAAAAUCUGUGGCGGUUCUAACGGGCAGAGUUGUCACUUUGGGUUGUUCAUUCAACGGAUUGAGCAGCAAUGACCCGGUCAUAUGGGAAGGACCACCUGACUUUACUGUGGUAUCUUCGGGAACAGCAGUUUUCAAACCUUUCAAUCGACAUAGAAUUGUAGGAGACACUAAGACAGGAGAGUAUAACCUGGAGAUUCGCGACACGACCAUAAGUGACACAGGGGACUACAGAUGUUUCACAACGUCGGUAGAAAAGGCAGGGGAUGCUACACUUACUGUCGUUGCUCCGAUGGACGGCGCUCCUGACAUCACUGGAGCAGAACUUCCUCUGACGGCUGGGGACGAGCUCCUGCUGACAUGUCGUUCCCGGGGUGGUUACCCCCCGCCACAGCUGACCUGGUAUAACGGCUCACAGCCCUACCGAUCCACCCGCCCGGCCCAACCACAGGACACCGGCGGGACGGAUAUAGAACUCUUCACACCUGACGUGACGCGCUGGGACAACGGAGCAAACUUCACCUGUGUAGCAGACCAGGGAUUCCAAAACCUGGUGAAGACCAAAUCGGCCUCCCGUAUACUCCGUGUGCAUUACCCACCAAUAGUGAUCGUCCCGUCCCAUUCCGUGCACGUGUUGGAGGGGAGACCCACUAACCUGACCUGUUACGUGGACGCCAACCCCAGGGCAAUCAUUAGCUGGAAGAAACUAGGAGACGUGCUGCCACUGGAAAGUGUACAAAGGGGCAGUACCCUGCACAUCCCGAAGACGUCCCGGAGAGACAGCGGUGUGUACCAGUGCACGGCUGAUAACGGAGUAGAACCGACAGGCGUGGGGUCCGUCAGUCUGCAAGUCUUCUAUCCCCCAGUUAUAGAAACAACCAUGGACGCCAAAGUAACGGUUAUGUUACACCGGGAGGACUUCAGUUUAAACUGCCAAGCGGAGGGAAACCCCAAACCUCACACCCGCUGGCGGCGGAAGGAUACAAGUUUGUAUUGGGAAAACCCACUUCGCUUCCACCGGGUGCGUUACGACGUGGAGGGGACGUAUCAAUGCGUGGCAACAAGUGACGGAUUCCCUGCUGCCAAGAGAGAUGUCCGUAUCGACGUAGUUGGUCAGCCUCAGAUCCAGAGUGGGUCGUCUUUCGUCUCCACCCGGGUCGGGGGCUCUGCUCGCUUCCACUGUGACGUAACGGCCGACCCUCUUCCCGACCGCAUCACCUGGUCCAUGAGUAACAAACUGGGACAGGAGAUCAACCUGGUAACAACCAAUAACGGCAUCUCCAUCGACGAGAGACCCUCGCCGGACGGAAGGUCGAGCGUGCUGUCCCUGACAGACGUUCGGGAGGACGAUGAGGGAACCUACAUCUGCAAGGCUUCCAACAUGUUCGGCUCCCAUCACAAGGAGAUACGGCUGGCAGUCGUAAAAGCCGUGGCAGUCCCCCACACGAAGCCGGUCCCCCCGCUGCCUAAGUACGCCCGUAAGCCCGGUCACGGCACCAACGACUCCGGUGUGGAGGACCUGUUGGAGCUGCAGGAACUGGACGGGACCCUGAAGCCACGCCCCCCUCCCCGCACAGACAAGGAGUGGACGGCAGUGGGCUUAUCCUACACCGGUCUGGCCCACCCAGCUGCACUGCCGUCCUACUCGUCAUUAGAACGGCAGCGGCCGGACGGACAGGACAUCAUCUCACCGGAGAGUAUUCUGGAGGAGGGCCAGGGGGAGGACGCAGUCACAGUACAAGUAGACCCACCGAUGCCUCCUCCCAAGUCGCGGCAGAAGAUGUGGAAGAGACGGGGCGGCAGAGGUCCACAGAACCACCACGAGGCAGAGAACGUACUGAAUGAGAUACAGGCGGAGAGUCUGUAG